UUGUCGUGAAGGCCGUUUCCUAGCUUUUGCUUUACCAGUCAAGAAGACCUUAAGGUGGAACUUUACAGAAGAAAAAAAUCUCUCUCUCUCUCUCUCUCGCACACACACAGAAACCGGCUACAUGGUGGUGCUUACAUUAGCAAAGAGAUUUAAAAGCGGUAUAUAGGGUAAGAGGUACCUUUUCCUUUAUCUCACUGGUUUCAGUUAAAGUGAAGGGAAUUCUGGUGUUUUCCAUGGUUAAAGCAGGUUUUAUAACUCAAUCCCACCUUCACAGUUUCUUCUUUUUCCUCUCUCUUCUCUCUCUUGUGUCUCUUAAGAAUAUUUUCUCUUUCAGGGUUAAUCUCUCUCAGAGAUUUUUUGUUUUUUCUUCAAUCUUUUCAGCUGAAGAUUUAAUUUUUUUAUUAAAAAAUUUGCAAAUAUUUUUCUUGUUAUUAAGGAUUUCUUCUAUAUGUGAUUAUAUGCAGCGAUUGAUUAUUUUUCUUUUCCAAAUCACUCUCUUGUUUCUUUCAGUCUACAGAAUAUCUGUAUACAUCAGAGUUCCAUCUGCAGAUACAAGAAAUUAUAGGGUUCUUGCAGAAAGGUGGGAUUCAUAAAUAAUUCUUGGUCGAUUCACGAGAAUAGUGAUGAAUAAGAAUUCUCAGCUAGGAUCUGUCAAUAGUUCUGAUCUUAUUGAUGCAAAGCUUGAAGAGCAUCAAUUAUCCAACCAGUGUCCUGGUUGUGGACAUAGGCUUGAAGGGAAGCCGGAUUGGGUAGGGCUACCGGCCGGAGUAAAAUUCGAUCCAACCGAUCAGGAAUUAAUCGAACACCUCGAAGCAAAAGUAGAAGGAAAAGGAUCAAAAUCACAUCCUUUGAUAGAUGAAUUCAUUCCUACUAUUGAAGGUGAAGAUGGAAUUUGCUACACUCAUCCUGAAAAACUUCCAGGAGUAACGAGAGAUGGAUUGAGUAGGCAUUUCUUUCAUAGACCAUCAAAGGCAUACACUACUGGCACAAGAAAGAGAAGAAAAAUCCAAACCGAAUGCGACUUACAAGGGGGCGAAACCCGGUGGCACAAGACAGGAAAAACCAGGCCAGUAAUGGUGAAUGGGAAGCAAAAGGGGUGCAAGAAAAUCUUAGUUUUAUACACAAACUUCGGUAAAAAUAGAAAACCAGAAAAAACAAAUUGGGUGAUGCAUCAAUACCAUUUAGGCCAACAUGAAGAAGAGAAAGAAGGGGAGCUUGUGGUUUCCAAAAUAUUCUAUCAAACUCAGCCAAGGCAAAGCAAUUGGUCUGAAAAAAGUAGUAAUUUCAGUAGCGGUGCUGCUGACGUCGAAGCCGGAAAUAGUGAUCCAAAUAGUAGAAAAGAUAGUGGGAAUUGGCCGUCUAAGGAUAUAAUUCUUCAUAGAGAUGAAUUUUCUGCUGCUGCUGGGGCUUCUAUGUCAAGUUACAGUGCAAUUGAUAUUCAGCAUUUGAAGGCUGCAGACCAUUUCAGCAAUAUUCUACCAUUUGGAAAAUCCUUUGAUGAGGCUGGAAUUGGAGAGACUUCAAUAUCAAGGGAAGCUCCGGCCGGAGCGGCGGCCGCCAUGGGCACGUGCGAAGAGCGUGACAUACAGCCGCACCACGUGACUCAUGAACCACAAGAACACCACCAACAGCAUCAGCAGCACCACCACCACCACCAUCAUCAGAUUGCAACUACAGCAUACCACAUCAGCAGGCCUUCACACUCAAUUUCCACCAUUAUUCCUCCACCUUUCCUCCAUCACACCUCCAUUACUAUUCUUGAUGACAACUCCUUCCAUGUCCCUAGAAUCAUGCUCCCAACUGAAAGUUUCCAGCAACAGCAGCAGCCACAACAAGAACAUAAAUUAGGAGGAAGGUCUGCAUCAGGAUUAGAGGAACUCAUAAUGGGCUGCACUUCAACUGACAUGAAAGAACCGGAAUCAUCGAUAAAUGACACAGAUCGAUACAUGCAUGCAGGUUCAGAUGCUACAUGCAAACCAUAG